GCAAUGCAGGGCUGUAGAUUCCCUGCCAUGAAAACAACAACCUGUACAUGGAAGUACAGCACACUCGCACACAGUGAUCGCCGCCUUUGACUACCUCGUGGAUACUGUGCCUCUCCAGUCCAGGACUUGCACCUGAGACUUUUUUCAAAGAACCACAAACAAUCCUGAGGAGUGAGAACAUCAGAAACAACCAUGAAUGGCCUGCAAGAAAUGUCAGUGAAGUGUGUCCUGGUCGGGGACAGUGCGGUGGGCAAAACGGCCCUGCUGGUGCGCUUCACCUCAGAAACCUUUCCAGACUCCUACAAGCCCACAGUGUUUGAGAACACAGGGGUGGAGGUGUACAUGGACGGGGUCCAGAUCAGCCUGGGCCUGUGGGACACAGCUGGCAAUGACAAUUUUAGACAGAUUCGACCAAGAUCCUACCAGCAAGCUGAUGUUGUCCUUAUGUGCUACUCUGUGGCCAACCCGAACUCUUUGGCCAGCGUCCAGCACAAGUGGAUCGCUGAGAUUCGAGAGCACUUGCCUAGGGUGCCAGUGCUGGUUGUGGCCACCCAGACGGACCUGCGGGAGAUAGGAACUUAUCGGGGCAACUGUAUCUCAGCAGCGGAGGGCAGACGUGUGGCUCAUGAAGUGCACGCUAAAGGCUAUCUGGAGUGCUCGUCCUUAAGCAACCGUGGUGUGCAACAGGUGUUUGAGUAUGCAGUGCGGACAACCGUGAACCAGGCCAGGAAGCAGGCCAGGCGACGCAUGUUCAGCAUAAACCAGUGCAAGGUCUUUUGACCUCUGACCUUGACUUGGAUGGUGUUGUGAGACUUGUCCAGACUGGCACAAUGAUGCGUGUUCGCAUAAUGUUCAAACUCAGUGUGGGGUUGGAUUGGCACUAGAGCUCAAAUAUGGAUUUUUCUUUUUCACUAACAGGAAGUCCUGUCCUCCCAAAUCCCCCCAAAACUCAAACAUAUUUAAAGUGCAUCAGUUUAAUCAUGCACCUCAUAGACUCUGAUACAAAUACACCCAACUUUACAUGUGUGUGAUC